UCACCUUACUCCUCCAGCUGUCCUUGAGGAAACUAGGCGUUUUUGGUCUACCAAAAGCAUCACUCUAAUGUUAAAGACAGGCUAAUUUAUUCGAUGUUAAAUAAAAAUCGUUUUUUUUUCUUUUUGUAGAAAUAUCAGAUGAAAGACUUAGGUCAAUAGUAAAGCAUUGAGUUUGCCUAGAAAUUAUGAUAAAAAACAAGAAACUUUGUUGAUCAUAACUCCAUCUUCGAUUUUAAGACAGGCAAUCUACCGGAAAGGUUCAAGCUAACACAUGGCAUUAGCACUGAUGCAGUGUGUGCACAUUUACUACUCUGGAAGAAAAUGGCUACCUUAAAUCUACGCAUCUAGUGGCUAAAGCUUUUUCUAGAAGGCUACCUCAACAAUUCCUAAAAUACUUUCAUACAUUAAAUCAUGUCAUAUUCUAAUUUGAAAGGGAUUAUUCUUGACAGUUUCGCGUUAUUCGCCGAAUUUCAGAAUGUUACUCUAUAUAGAAAUAAUAGUUUCUUUGAAAACUACACUCAAUCUUUUCAAACUCCAACAACACAUGAUUACAUAACCACCAUACCUGGAGUGCGAGUUUUCUUUUAUUGUCUAUAUAUUAUCAUCUUUAUCACUGGAAUUUGUGGAAACGUCUUAGUGUGUUAUGUAGUGUUUCGAAACAAGUCAAUGCAGACAGUGACAAACAUUUUCAUCACUAACCUAGCGCUUUCUGAUAUCCUUCUAUGUACAUUUGCUGUCACUUUUACACCGCUCUACAUAUUUUUACGUCAGUGGAUCUUUGGAAGAGUCUUUUGUCAUCUGUUACCCUACGUUCAAGGCGUUAGUGUCUACAUAUCGGCGAUUACUCUCAUGUCCAUCGCUAUUGAUCGGUUUUUCGUCAUUAUUUAUCCAUUCAAGUCACGCCUGAAGGUGAAGUACUGUUUGAUGAUCGUUGUUAUCAUUUGGAUUACAGCAGCUCUACUGACUCUACCUUACGGGAUCUUUAUUAGCUUAACCGUUCUAAAGGGACGAUUAUAUUGCGAUGAAGAAUGGCCCCACGAAGCUAGUAGAAGAGCUUUUGGUUUAUGUACAUCAGUACUGCAAUUUGUGGUUCCUUUUAUUAUUAUAAGUAUCUGCUACUUGAAAGUCUGUAGUAAACUUCGGGACCGCGCCAGGACCAAACCAGGAACAAAAUCCUUAAGAAAAGAAGAAUGGGAACGAGAAAGAACCAGAAAAACCAACCGGAUGUUGAUAGCUAUGGUGGUUAUCUUUGGUGUUUCCUGGCUUCCGCUUAACAUGUACAAUUUAGUGGUGGACUUUCACAUCCCAGCACUCUCUUGGGAAUACCUUUCUCUUUUCUUUGUUCUUUCACAUUCUGUUGCGAUGGGCUCUACCUGUUACAAUCCGUUUCUUUACGCUUGGCUAAACGACAACUUCCGGAAAGAAUUCAAGAUGGUCUUGCCGUGUUUCAAGGUCCAGCCAACAACUAGGAUGAUCAACAGCGCCAAGCACGACCGUACUUGCAACGGUCACGACACGGUACAGGAAACGUUGAUGCUCCGUGCCAACUCUUUAAAGCGGGAAGUUCGACAAGAAAAAACAACGUCAGUAAAGUAUAUGACGGAGACAGAUACAGUGAAAUUGCAAAUUGUGAGUAAUGAAGAUGAGGUUAUUUAGUAGAAAUUUGUAACGUAUGCGAUCUGCAAUACCAUAAAAUUGCUAGGAUCGUGCAUCUUUUUGACCUUUUUUUUUCGUAUGUCAUCAUUAUGCUGCAAUGUGUGUGAUAUGAAACACAUAUGUUUUCAUAAAUUGGGACGAUAGAGGACACUUUCCAAAGGAUUCAUGGUUUGUCAUAAGAGCUUCAAUAUCUAUUUUCAUAAAAAAAUGUGAUAAACAUAUUAAUCCUCAUUCCAUCCGUUCCUUAACAUGUUACUGCUUAUAAAAAAAUCAUACCGUCUAGAGUCCUUGGCAUUUUCUAAUUAAAUCUUAUUGCUGAUAAUGCUCAAGAUAGCAUAAUGGCACUGUGACGAGUGUGUAUGAUGAAAUACAGCCGAAGUUAUUCUUGUAAUACGAUGGUGAUCUUGUGAGCAUUAAUUACCAUUCUAUUGUCAGUAUAUUCAAUACGAAUGUUUAAACGUAAUACAGCCGAAGUUAUUCUUGUAAUACGAUGGUGAUCUUGUGAGCAUUAAUUACCAUUCUAUUGUCAGUAUAUUCAAUACGAAUGUUUAAACGUAAUACAGCCGAAGUUAUUCUUGUAAUACGAUGGUGAUCUCGUGAGCAUUAAUUAACAUUCUAUUGUCAGUAUAUUCAAUACGAAUGUUUAAACGUUAUCAGUUUAGUAUCAUUGUAACUUUACUGUUUGAUCGAAUAGGUAAACCUGACCUCUCACUUUUCACAAACGUGUUAUUCAAUCUGCAUCUCUACAUUUACCAUCAUCAUUCUGAUUAACGUGCCAGUGUUGUUAUUAUUAUAAAAAAAACGUAAGCGAGUAUACAAACACGGAUAUUAGUAAUUGUCAUGUGACCCUUGACAUUAUUGUCCAACUAAAUUCUAGGAGUCUACGAUACUUAUGUUACUUGAUAUCAAGAUGGAACAUUAAAUCAGAAGACUACUAUAGCUAUUACCAAUGUUAUAUUGACAACAUCUAAAACGUCACUUUAAAUGGACAUACAACUUCCUUACCAUGACAAAGUCACCAGAACGUCGUCAAUGAAGAAAUGGAAGAAUAUUGUAUUCGCUACUGCUGUCGCUAUAAUGGUUAUUCACUGUUGUAUACUUGUGUGUAGCAAAAACGUGGCCCAAAAAUAUCGAGAUUUAUAAAAUCAUCGGAAGGAUCGGUUUUUAAUAUUAUUUAAGUCGAUCAUGAAGUCUACUUUACAAGUAAAAUGCUGUGUAUAUAUAUAGAAUAUCUUGUAGAGAGAGUCCGUGUUAAUAAAUUGAAUCCAGAAACCGGUUUUACAGUAAGUGGCGUUUAGAGGCAAGUCUUGAGGACAGUACCAACGUUAGCAAACUGAAGCCCAAAGCGCACUUUUCUAGAAGAUAGUGUUCAUAGGAAUUUCCUGAGAAUAAUACCAGUGUCACUUAAGUUACUUCUGAAGUUUAAACUUCAAUAAAAUGGUAUAUACAAUAAUGUUUUGAGUAAGGAACCAUGUUUUAUGUAACUCAAAGUUGAAAUUUGAUUUCCAGGAAAACCAACUUUCUAGAAAUAGGUUUAGUGCUCGGACAAGUUCCCUGAAGCCUGCUUUCCACCGAUUCUAAAAAGGGCAAAAUCUUGAGAAACUGAUCUAAUGUUGGUUAACAAAAUACUGGAUCCUCCUUUAGUAGAUGAAGUUCUGAAAAGAAUGGUGGAACUGUUUCGUUGAGUUGAACAAAUUAUUACAAUGACACUGUUGCGUUAAUGUAAAUAAGCUCUUUUUAGACGUACUCAGUUUUCAAUGGAUGUAAACUCAAACUUGAUGAGCUGAAUCUGACUUGUCUUCCUGACAAAUCUAUGGGAUUUGGAAAACACUUAACAUUUCCUUUUACUGCUUGAUGUUUUUCUGAAAGUUAUGUAUAAAACCCUAUUUUUCAUCACACUUUAUCAGUACUGAAAUGAUAUUACAAUGACAAAAAAUUAGCAUCUCCAUUGCCAGGAAGAGUGUGAAUGUGUGCUUCUGUCUGGCUAAUAGGUGAGUUCUUAUUUAUCUGAUAGUUUUUUAUGGAUUUUUAUAUUUCCAUGUGUCUGUUACCUAAUAGCCAGAUAAGGAUUACACAUGGGGCUGCACAGUUUUCCUAAACGAUGGAGUAUUGUUUUAGUUUGCUUCACUAAAAUCAACGCUAUAAAUAUUCUUAUAUUUUUCUACAUUAAAAAUGGUACAAUAUUGUGUUAUAACAGGUCAAAGAUUCUUUAUGCUACCCAUAUUUAUGUACAUAUUAUUUAGUGCAAGAAAAAAAUAAAUGUACAUAUGUAUGCGUAAUCAAAAUCUUGUCCUAUAUGUAAAAUUUUGUCAAGUUCUUUUUGUGUUAAACUAUACAUGUAUAGAUUAAGAUAUAUAAACGCUUGUGUGAUGAUCUUUAUUAUACUAUAUAUUAUAUCACAAAUUCCUUAGUAACGUAAUGAGAGGCUUGAGUAACAAAUCUCAUUUUAUGUUUGUGUUUGAAAUUUCAUGUAAUUUGUGGCUUAGUAAACUUAUGCUUGACUCAUUAUAAGAGUAGCCUUAGAGUAUUGGGUUAAUAAAUUAAAGAGUAUAUUGCUGGCUGAAGAUCAUGGCUCGUUCGGUUCGAUAACGUAUAAAAUGUUCGAUAACUAUAUGUAAAACUAAACUUUGAAGGUGAAAUUAUUACAUGUAUAAAAAAAUAUAUUUUAAAUUUCUGGAUGUGUUUACAUGGUGUUGACGUGUAAAGGUAAAUAAUUGAUGGAAUUUGAUGUUUUUAAUAAUGUGCUUAUGUUAUUUAAUUUAUUUGAUGUACGUUUUGUGGUUACAUGUGGUGUAGUGUCAG